AUGAGCUACAGGGAGGUGGCUCUCAAUCAUCCAAGCUAUGUCCGCUGGGCCCUAAGCCAGCCAAGUCCGACAGGUGGACUUCGAUCGUUUGUGGCCUGGCUGCGGGCUCAUCCUCCUGAUGCCGCGAGGGAUGAGGUUUCUUCUGUCAACUAUGCGAGCUCCGCUUCAGAGGACAGUGAACUUGGGUCAGAACCUGACAUCGAUAGCGAAGCAGCCAGCGACGAGCCAUCGAUGCACGCCCAGGCGUUGCCUCUCCAUCUGCCUAUGGUCCAGCUCAUGGAGCAGAUGGUGCAGCAUUCCGGAAGGUUGAGGGAUCUGUCAAGACUGAUGCGUCAGAGUGUGGAGCGAAGGGGCGAUGUGGCAUUCUCGCACAGUCUUUCGGCCCUCCUGGGGGAACUACCACGUGUGACCUACUCCGCGAGCUUGUUCAGUGGAGCGCCCCAUCCCCAAAGCUGUCCCAUUUGCAUGGAGGACUUCGACGCUUGGGAAGCCGGACAUGAUUCCGAAAUUGUCAUGACUCCCUGCCUUCACACUUUCCACCUUGGCUGCCUCCGAGGUUGGCUGAAGAGAAGUCCAGAGUGCCCGACGUGUAGAUGGGACAUUACAGACUUGGGUGCUGACAAGGCGCUCGAUUCCAGCUGUGUUGAUCUUCCACAGACUCGUCCUGAUGUGCCCCGAGAUUUGGAGAUCGUAGUGCCAGGGUCUUUACCUGCGAUUUACGUUUUCGACGAACCUGCGCAGCCAUCCGUCCUUGCGGCACAGCUUCCUACGUCCUGCCUGUUUGGCAUCGCGGGACUUCUUGCGUUGGGCCAUGGCUGCAGCCCAUCGUCGGAGACACCGUCAGGUGUCAUGCUGAAAAGCAUCAAUGCGGCCAGUGCUGGCUCGGUGCUUCAGGGUAUCAGAAUGGGCUUCACUCUGUCCCAGAAGGAGACUCAGGCCAGCAAGCAGGGAUAUCUACCCGGCCAAUGUGUACAUGGCGCGAGCGUCGAGGAGGAACUGGCGAGCGGGAAGCGCCUUUUGGAGGAAUACUCCGUCGGCGAAGCCAUUGGCGAAGGAGCCUUCGGUGUAGUUUAUGCGUGCGCACAUCGGAAGACGAGCAUGCAGGCCGCAGUAAAGAUGGUGGACAAGGUUGAGACACCGACGGCCGUGAUACGCAGAGAAGCAGAACUGAUGAAGUCCCUCUCACACGACAACAUCGUUCGCUUCCAUGCCGUGUACUUCGAGAGGCUCAUCCGACAGACGGGGGUGAUGGCCCUGGCAGUGGAGGUGAUGGACGUGCUCGAGGAGGUCCGCCUCAAGGCGAGAGCCAAGCUCGCUGCUUUGUUCGCGCAGUCGGUAGCGGAAGGGCACUUCGUGUUGGACUACUGA